AUGCAGGCAGUCACACCAUGCAGUACUGUCAGAGCAGCCCAGUUGUAUGUAUGCCAGCAGUCACACCACGCGGUACUGUCAGAGCAGCCCAGUUGUAUGCCAGCAGUGGCACCAUGCGGUACUGUCAGAGCAGCCCAGUUGUAUGCCAGCAGUAACAAACUCGCGGUACUGUCAGAGCAGCUCAGUUGUAUUCCAGCAGUCAUACCACGCGGUACUGUCAGAGCAGCCCAGUUGUAUGACAGCACUGACACCACGCGGUACUGUCAGAGCAGCCCAGUUGUAUGCCAGCAGUGGCACUAUGUGGUACUGUCAGAGCAGCCCAGUUGUAUGCCAGCAGUCACACCACGCGGUACUGUCAGAGCAGCCCAGUUAUAUGCCAGCAGUCACACCAACCGCCGUACUGUCAGAGCAGCCCAGUUGUAUGCCAGCAGUGACACCAUGCGGUACUGUCAGAGCAGCCCAGUUGUAUACCAGCAGUCAUACCACGCGGUUCUGUCAGAGCAGCCCAGUUGUAUGCCAGCAGUCACACCACGCGGUACUGUCAGAGCAGCCCAGUUGUAUAACAGCAGUAACAACUCGCGGUACUGUCAGAACAGCCCAGUUAUAUGCAGGCAGUCACACCAUGCAGUACUGUCAGAGCAGCCCAGUUGUAUGUAUGCCAGCAGUCACACCACGCGGUACUGUCAGAGCAGCCCAGUUGUAUGCCAGCAGUGGCACCAUGCGGUACUGUCAAAGCAGCCCAGUUGUAUGCCAGCAGUAACAAACUCGCGGUACUGUCAGAGCAGCUCAGUUGUAUUCCAGCAGUCAUACCACGCGGUACUGUCAGAGCAGCCCAGUUGUAUGACAGCACUGACACCACGCGGUACUGUCAGAGCAGCCCAGUUGUAUGCCAGCAGUGGCACUAUGUGGUACUGUCAGAGCAGCCCAGUUGUAUGCCAGCAGUCACACCACGCGGUACUGUCAGAGCAGCCCAGUUAUAUGCCAGCAGUCACACCAACCGCCGUACUGUCAGAGCAGCCCAGUUGUAUGCCAGCAGUGACACCAUGCGGUACUGUCAGAGCAGCCCAGUUGUAUACCAGCAGUCAUACCACGCGGUUCUGUCAGAGCAGCCCAGUUGUAUGCCAGCAGUCACACCACGCGGUACUGUCAGAGCAGCCCAGUUGUAUAACAGCAGUAACAACUCGCGGUACUGUCAGAACAGCCCAGUUAUAUGCAGGCAGUCACACCAUGCAGUACUGUCAGAGCAGCCCAGUUGUAUGUAUGCCAGCAGUCACACCACGCGGUACUGUCAGAGCAGCCCAGUUGUAUGCCAGCAGUGGCACCAUGCGGUACUGUCAGAGCAGCCCAGUUGUAUGCCAGCAGUAA